AUGGCUGCACGGGCCAAUGAGGACAUGCCUUUUAAUCAGCCAACUUUCCUCGACCCCCCGACGGUUCCUCAGAAGCUCGCUGGAACACUGGAACAAGCUCCGAAGACGUGCAGCUCUGCCUCUGUCACGCAACACCACUCCAAGGGGCAAGGACGUCACCGAAUCGUACCACUUUUGUCGCCGUAUACCACCGCCCUCCCUCGCCGCACUCCGGGCCGUCUGGCAUCUUUCAAAAUGGCCGGAUAUCUCUUGCUUGUGAUCCCAAGCAUCCUCAUGAGCUUGCUCUUGUCGAGAUCACCAUUCAUGAUGACCACUACACCGCAGACGACGAAGCCAUGGGCUGAUGGGCCUAUGAAGCUCAUCCCCACGCCGCAAUACGUAACCAAGAAGACCGACCUCUUCACGACCGGUGCGACGCACAUGUGCUUGCUGCACAACUCGAUCCUCCGUGGAUACAACUCCAUCUACCACCAAGCCCCAUUGAUCCAGGAGGCCGACAAGGCAGACUUUGUGGGAUACUCCCAGGCCUGGUUCAAGUUUGUCAAGUCGCACCACGAUGACGAGGAGGAAUCUCUCUUUACAAAGGUCGAGGACCUGUUGAAUGACAAGAACGUCUUUGCCGAGACGCACAAGGAGCAUGAAUCUUUCCUUGGUGGCCUCGCCGACUUCAACACCUACCUCUCGUCAUUGUCCUCGCCCUCCGACUUCUCCGGCGCCAAGCUCCUCGACAUCAUGAAGGGCUUCCAGGAGCCGUUCGAGAACCACUUCCACAGCGAGAUCAGCACCAUCGCCGGCCUAGCGGAGCACCCGAAUGCGCCGAAGGAGGGGACACCGGAGGCGGCGAACGCGAGCUUGACGUUCAAGACGUGGGGCAAGAGCACGGUGACCAAGGCCGGCACGGCGGAUGUCGUCCCGUUCUUCCUGCUCAACCUGGACCGGACGGUGGAGGACGGGUUGUGGGCGAACUGGCCGCCCAUGCCGGCGCCGAUCAAGUGGGGACUCAUCAAUAUCGCCGGCGCAUGGCACUGGGGUUGGUGGAAGUUUGCCAGCUGCGACGCGUCGGGACAGCCGAGGGAGCUGUACGCAUUGCAGAAUGUGUCGGCGGACGACAAGGCGAAGGCCGAGCUCUAA